UCUUAGACCACGUCCAACGUUCAAUACCCAGCACCAAGCACACUGCCAGCACACAGGACAAUUGAACUAUAUUCUAGAAAUUAAGCUAAUAAUCAUAAUUCAAAAAGUUUCGCAAUGCUCCUGCACAACCUCCGCAACAAAACGUGAAUGCUUCGCUAUAUCCUUGGUCGCAGCGACGCUUAAUACUGAACACGGGCACGCCCAGCCCUUUCCCUAGAUAUGGAGCAGCCGUCAACUCUGUUUCUUCUAAGGAGGGAGAUAUCUACGUCAUGGGUGGUUUAAUCAAUAGUUCAACUGUCAAGGGUGAUCUAUGGAUGAUCGAGGCCGGAGGAAAUAUGUCGUGCUAUCCACUCGUCACUGUUUCUGAAGGCCCCGGACCAAGAGUUGGACAUUCCUCUCUCCUAGUAGGCAAUGCGUUCAUCGUAUAUGGUGGUGAUACCAAAAUCGACGAGACUGAUGUUCUAGACGAAACUUUGUACCUCCUCAAUACUUCCACGCGGCAAUGGUCAAGAGCUCUGCCGGCCGGUCCAAGGCCGUCAGGUCGCUAUGGGCACUCUUUGAACAUUAUCGGGUCGAAGAUUUACAUCUUUGGUGGUCAGGUGGAAGGGUAUUUUAUGAACGACCUGGCCGCUUUUGAUCUCAAUCAGUUGCAAAUGCCCAAUAACAGAUGGGAAAUCCUCAGCGAGAACAUUGAACCCGGAGGAGCAAUGCAAGGUAAAGUACCGCCUGCUAGGACCAACCAUUCUAUGGUUACCUUCAAUGAUAAGAUGUACCUAUUUGGCGGCACCAACGGCUUCCAAUGGUUUAAUGAUGUAUGGUGUUACGAACCGGCAGUCAACAAAUGGUCCCAAUUAGAUUCUAUCGGAUACAUUCCCGUUCCGAGAGAAGGUCAUGCUGCUUCGCUUGUAGACGACGUUAUGUAUGUUUUUGGUGGUCGUACCGAAGAAGGGGCUGACUUGGGUGAUUUGGCCGCGUUCCGGAUCCCCUCUCGCCGUUGGUAUACCUUCCAGAACAUGGGUCCGUCUCCUUCUCCGCGGUCUGGCCAUAGUAUGACAUCCGUGGGAAAAUCAGUCGUCGUUGUUGGAGGGGAGCCUAGUUCGACCACCAACCAGGUGAAUGAUUUGGGGAUCGUCUAUGUUUUGGACACCACCAAGAUUCGAUAUCCCAACGAUGCACAGAUCCAGUCAAAUACUCAGAAAGUACAGCAGGCAAGGCGGCCGAGUGGCGGUGAAGUCCCUGCUAUCGGCGGUAGACAAGCUCCAUCCCGUGAGGGCUCUGCUGGACCGGAUCCGAAACGCGUGGCUAGCCCUAAUAGUCCAACAAACAGUACCGGUAAAGGUAUUAUGGGUAUAGACAUCAAUGGCCCCCCUCCAAUCAGCAAUGGAAUGUCGAAACUUCCAAGAGCUGCGGGAACCUCUACUCCCUCAGGACCUCCACCGCAAGGCCAGCUUCCCAAGCCUAAUAUCGAUACAAAUGCGGCUAGCCGUCGCACAAGAAAUACAUCUAUCGAGCGGAUAGAGAGGGAAGCUGUUGGUGCUGCAUCAUCUGGCAUCAACAGCCAAAACCAGUCCCCGAUAUCGCGGGAACCGAUUAAAGAAGAGGUUCCGGCCACGAACGGAAGGCGAACGCCUAAUCAACAAACCGCUAGAAGUGCUUCUAGAUCUGAGAAUCUAGCAAGGGAUGAGCCCAAACCCAAGCAGUCGCGCCAAACCCGCGGCCAGGGUUCUGUCGACAGCAAUACGGAGCCAACCCUCAAGAACAUAGCAGUCCGCCCAUCCUCUCCACCUCCACCGACAAGGCAGCCCAGUAAUCCUUUAUCAAGGAAAGGUUCGAAUAGAAAUUCGCAGACUGUUGCCCUCUUGAAGGAACUCGAUGCCUCCCGAAACCGGAAUGCAUGGUAUGCUUCAGAGCUAGAGUUGGCUCGCAAAGCCGGGUAUAUGUCUAAUGCAACCCUCAGUCCGACUCUAGAGUCUCGGGCAGCAGAGACAUUCGACGAUGAUGACAAGCGGCUAAUCGAAUCGCUAUUGGCUAUGAAACAAGAGUUGGCUAAUGUACAAAGCGCCGUUGAUAAGCAAGCAAUCCUAGCAGCAAAGCAGAUCGCCGAGGUAGAGCGACAGCGUGACGCUGCAGUCCGUGAAGCCGUCUAUGCUAAAGCCAAGAUGGCAGCACAGACUGGAAGUGCCGCUAGCACUCCACAGCUAGACGGGGAGAGGGACAUAGACAACGGUGAUCGUUCUGCUAAUCUCAAUAAGAAGCUUGCGACUGCACUUAAUGUACAGAGAGAUUUGCAAAAUAGCCUCGCUCGAGCGGUAUCAGAACUCGAGGCUGAGAAACGAACCAGGCAAUUAGCAGAUGAAACCCUGAGCGCCACCCACAAGCGGAUAGCUGAAUUGGAGUUGUACAAGCAGCGGACGUCUUCGGAGAUCGAACAACUACGGGCCGAAUUGCAUAUGGUUCAGCGCGAAGCAAGAGAACAAUCAGUUGCUAGCGCUGAGGCACUCGCGUCCUUACAACUUCUACGCGUCGAGAAGGAUGACUUCGAGAGUAAAUACAACGAGGCUGUCGGCAGUUCCAAAGAACAUAAUGAGACUUUAGAAUCUCUUCGAGAGGCCGUAGUAUCAUCAGCGGACAUGCGCGCCCACCUAGAGCGCAAGCUUGACGAGGAACGAUCCCAGCGAACGACAAUUGAAUCCAAGUUUAACAAGCUCAAAGCUGAACAUGAAGCACAUGCUACAGAAUUAGAAUCGACCACCCAGCGACUACGGGAUGCCGAAGAACUCGCUGAGCGACAUGCAGCAGAAGCAAAUACUCAUCGGCAGGCGCUAAUUUCUGGAUUAGAAAAGAUCACUAGAGACCCAAGUAAGGCUAGUCAGGCUAAUUCAGACCGGAUUGUAAUCCUUCAGGGCCAAAUCGAAGCGGCAAAUCUACUCGUUAAGAAGUAUCGACAGGAAGCCGAUAUUGCUUCAGAUAAACUUCGAAGUGCUGAAGAGCGAAUCGCCGGACUUGAGGCAUACCAAGAACAGUCAAGUAGGGAAGGUGUAUCGAUCCGACGACAACUACAAUCUGCCCUGAGAGACACGCAGUCGCUUCAAGCCUUGAACACAGACCUCAGGAAUCAGCUAGCAAACCAGCAACUUGAGGCCAACGCCAUUACCGUCCAGCACAACACCCUCAAGGACAUAUUAGCUGAAAGGGGCAUUAGCCCCACUAGUCUCGCUCGAGUUCGAGGCAUGGGUUCCAGGACCAACUCUCCUGAUCCAUCAAGAGCUGGCGAGCUUGAACGGCAACUUGCACAGGCGGUUGCUGCCCACGAAGAGACCAAACAGACUUUCACUACACAGUUCCAGGAAUCCGAGGCUGCUUAUCGUAACAGAAUAGUCCAGUUGGAGAAUGAUUAUCAAUCAGCUGUUCAUUAUGUUAAGGGCACGGAGAAGAUGCUGAAGAAGAUGAAGCAGGAACUUGCGCAAGCUCAAAGCGAGAACGGCCGCUUAAAGAACGAAAAUCUUGAGCUCGAAGAACGCUCUAUUUCUCAUGACAAUACCGCGCCUGCUGAUUGGGAAGCCGAGCGCUCUUCCCUAGAGAAGAAGAUCGAGAGCCUUCAGGAACAUGUGAAGCAUACCUCUGGACAGCUUGAGCGACAGUUAGUAGAGUUACGGAGUAAGCUGGAUGCUACUCAGCAAGAACGAGACAACACACUCAAGUCCCGCAACGAUGCUGCGGAACGAUUAACGACGAGAGAAAAGGAACUGGAGCAGAUGCAACAAGAGAAUGCCCUACUUGAGAAACGAGUACAGGAAGCCGAACAGAAGGUCAGUUUAUUGUUAGACCAGGUAGAGACCUCGGUCGAUAACUACCGAAGACGCAGUCGCAUGAGCACAGAUCAGAUGAUCACCGCCACCAACACUAGCAUCAACACUCCGAGUGCAAAUGGCGGCGGCUUGGGCCACAUCAGACAAGAAAGUUCUGAAGCGGAAAGUACAUACGGCGGCUUUGACAAUGCUAGAAACAGCACAGCCCUUGACAAUCUAGCUAAUGAACUUGAAUUCCUACGAACACACUGGGAAACGACGAACAAGAAUUAUAGACUCUCGAAUACCUUCGACUUCGAAGGAAUAGGCACCAAAAGGGAAGACGACGGAGUCGGACUUGGCCUUAGCGAGAGUCUAGCUGACUGGAGGAAACGACUCGACACGGAAGAGAACGAAAAGAUAGGUACGGCCAAGAGUAAUCAUGCCUCGUGAUUACUCGGGACGUAAACAGAUUCCCCAUCGUUGUCAUUUUCCUCCAACAAAACAUUUGUACAUUCUGCGUGUGAUUCCUGUAACGGCACCGAUGUAUUAACGCAUACCCAAUUACUUAUGAUUCCAUCCUUUCGAUUCGACCAUGUCCUUAUACACAAUCUUGGGACAACAUCCUCCUUGGAGCCUUAUUAUCAUCCUGGCUCGUGGGUUUACCUACUGGCGUUCUCUUUAACCUUCAUGACACCCUUGUUUUUGUAAUUUCCUUAUGUUUUCUGCAUCGGAGGCGGAAUGAACUGUAACCCCCACGCAAGCUCAGCCUAUUCGUUGACAUAUGGAGGCCUGUUCCGAAGAUAUGACCGAACGCGAUGCGCCUUACGGAGUUGGUUUGGUUUGGGAAUAUCAUUCCUAGUAGUUCAAGAAAACGGAUGGGAACGUCUUGUCAGACUUUUGAUCGGUGGACCGCGCAGAAUGAUCAGGAAACUUAACCUCCUAAAGCUAAUGUACAUUACCGCCACCACCGCUGACCGGUGCCCGGGCUGGCAAUUUGGGAGGAAUUAAAAAAUGAUACCUGGGAGAGGAGGCUGCUCGUGCCCUGCGGUGUAGGCGUACACGGCCCCUCUCCUUAGAACAUGACGAUCUUGCGAUAGUUGUGGGAAUAGUUCAAUCUUGAUGAGGCUUUUUAGCUUUUCGACACCUUGUUUGAUGAUGAAUGCUGUGACUUGGAG